GCCCUGGGUUGUGUCGUGCGAAAUUGUGUUGAGAAAAGUGCCAGUUUAAUAAAAAAAAAAUUGAAAUACUAAAGUGUUUCCCGUAUUGUUUAUUGUUUAUUGUGCUGUCGCAAAUGAAUUUACGUGUAAAACGUUAACAAACAAGAAACAAAACGAGCGAACGUGGUCAAAACGUGCAUUAUUUUACGCAACAUUAAGAAUAAUAAACAACAACUGCAGCAGCACAAGAAGCAAGACCCUGCAGUAGUAGUAGAAGAAGAAGCAACAGUAACAAGAACAACAACAAUUUAGAAGACACAAACAUUAUAAUCAUGGCGAACAUGGCAGUAUCACGUAUCAAGCGCGAAUUUAAAGAAGUAAUGCGCAGUGAAGAGAUCGUUCAGUGCUCGAUCAAAAUUGAACUGGUUAACGAUAGCUGGACAGAGUUGCGCGGCGAAAUUGCCGGUCCACCGGACACACCCUACGAGGGCGGCAAGUUUGUGCUAGAAAUCAAAGUGCCCGAAACAUAUCCUUUCAAUCCACCCAAGGUACGCUUCAUCACAAGGAUUUGGCAUCCGAACAUUUCGUCGGUCACCGGUGCCAUUUGUCUCGAUAUCCUCAAGGAUAAUUGGGCCGCUGCCAUGACACUGCGCACUGUGUUAUUAUCGCUGCAAGCGCUGCUCGCCGCUGCCGAACCCGAUGAUCCCCAGGACGCUGUGGUCGCCUAUCAGUUCAAGGACAAGCACGAUCUAUUUCUGCUCACAGCGAAGCAUUGGACAAAUGCCUAUGCUGGUGGUCCGCAUACGUAUCCUGAUUGUGAUUCAAAGAUACAACGGCUCAAGGAUAUGGGCAUUGAUGAGCACGAUGCGCGCGCUGUGCUCUCCAAAGAGAACUGGAACCUGGAGAAGGCGACCGAGUGUCUCUUCAGUUAGCUCGGCAAGCGAGCAAUUAUAGAGGAAGAGCAGCAUCAGCAGCGACAACAACAGCUAAUAAUAAUAGCACCACAACAACAACAACAAUAUUUCUAUUAGCCGAAGAAAAACACUCUGCAAUCAAAUUGAAAACAAUCCAGAGAAUCGGAACAUAAAACACCGCAAAACAAAAAGCAAAAUUCUAGUAGAACAUUUCACUACAUUUUGAGAGAAGUUCAUUUAUUUAUAUACGAUUUCCCUUUUAUUGCCAUUUUUAUUCAAAAUUUUCCUAUUUUAUUUUUCGGCUUCUUCCGGUUCUCACUUCUCGCACAAGAUUUCCAGAACAAAAAAACUUGUCUGCCACUUUUUGGAAUUGAAUUUAAAACUGAUCUUGAAUAAAAAGUGUGAGUGCCGGAAUUAGCCGCUCAAAUGAUAUCCUUUAUUAUAUAUCCUUUGUGCAGUGCA